GCGCUCCCCCCACGACGCGCACGUGCGCGUUCGCGCCGCUCAUACUUCAGCGGGGGGCGCGCGCCCUGGAAAAUUCCACACCCGGAGAAGCUCCACCCCUAUGCGCCCUCUCCUGUGCCCUCGGCUCUUAACGCUUAGUCCCCAUCCCAGCGGCCUUUGCGGGAACAAAAUGGCAGCCCCCAUGACGCGGGGGUUGUUUUGUUUAUCCAAAGCUUUAGGAUGGUGGUCUCGUCAGCCAGUCCUGGUGACGCAGUCCACAGUUGUAGUUCCAGUGAGAACUAAGAAACGUUUCACACCUCCUCCUUAUAAACCCAAAUUCAAAUCAGAAAAGGAGUUUAUGGAAUUUGCCCGGAAAGCAGGUGUGGUCAUUCCUCCAGAACGUUUGGAGCGUCCCCUACAUCUGGCCUGUACAGCUGGUAUCUUUGACACCUAUGUUCCUCCAGAAGGUGAUGCUCGCUUGUCAUCUCUUGCAAAGGAAGGACUGGCACAGAGAAGUGAGCGAUUGAAGAAGAAGGUGGCAUCACAAUUGUCAGUCCGGAAGAUAAGACAGUAUGAUCCGAAUUUUAAAAUAAAGGACUUCCCUGAAAAAGCUAAGGAUAUUUUUAUUGAAGCUCACCUUUGUCUGAACAACUCAGACCAUGACCGGCUUCAUACCUUGGUAACUGAAAACUGUUUUCCGGACAUGGUCUGGGACAUCACGUACAAGACCGUCCGCUGGAGCUUCGUAGAAUCCUUAGAGCCACCACAGGUGGUUCAGGUCCGCUGUUCAAAUUUGCUGAACCAAGGCAACAUAUAUGGCCAGAUCACUGUCCGUCUGCACACCCGGCAGACUCUGGCAAUCUAUGACCGGUUUGGCCGCCUGAUGUACGGACAGGAAGAUGUGCCCAGGGAUGUCCUGGAGUAUGUUGUGUUUGAAAAGCACCUGGUAAAUCCCUAUGGGAGCUGGAGAAUGCACGGCAAGAUUGUUCCCCAGUGGGCACCCCCUAAGCAGCCCAUCCUUAAGACGGUGAUGAUCCCUGGGCCCCAGCUGAAACCCUGGGAAGACUAUGAAGAGCCACAGGGAGAGGCCCCUCAGCUUCAGCUGUCCUGAUUGGAAAAAUGACUCUGGGUUGAAACAUGGGUAAUGAGUUGGCUGGAUGCUGUGGAGUCUGGGAGCUGUGAAGUCCAUCAUCUCUCCAUCAUGCUGUAGAAAGAUCUGCCUUUGUCCUUUCUUGUCCUACUUGGGUGUUUCCAGCCAUCUCGGCAGCUAUGGCUGAUGGCUGGGCCCAGGUGGGUGGCUGGCUGAUACAUACACAGCCACGAGCCCACUUCUUCUUCCUUUUAAAAUUGUAUAUCUAGCUUCUGAGUCUCAGUGGAAAGUAUGUUUUGGAUACCUGUUUUUUUCAGCGGCAGAGACCAUCAGGAAGCAAACUGGCAGAAUUUUCUUUUUAAUUACAAUGUAGAGAUUAGAGUUUGAAAUAAAACACUGUCAGAGUGUUGGACAAAC